AUGACAUACACAACUAACAAUACUCUCAUACCAUAUCGGCCGUCGCCUGGUGCCAUCAGCCGGGUCGCCUUACUCGCUGCAUACAGCAGGGCGGGAUAUACAGAGGUUGGUAUCGUCCUAAGCCACCAGGUGGAAGGAUUCUUACUUGACUGGGUACCUUUUGGUGAUCCCAUCUGUGCUGUUCUUGUGGCAGCGUUUGUGAAGGAGUCUCACAAGUGGGCAGUUGAUCGAUACCUGAUUUCGCGGCAACUGAGGAAAAUAUGUAUGGCUGCUAAUCAAUGUCAGUUUCUAUCCAGAUUGCCUAAACGAGUGUCUGGAGUUGAGGUUUUGAAAAAUAUUACGAAGAGUUUGGAUGUUGAUGGUGCAAUCUACCUCUCAGGAUGGUGUUCCCCCUCUUGCCCUUAA